UGCUCCUGUAUGGAGUAGGUGGGUAGAGGGCGGGACCGGAGCCGGAUAUGUAUUUAAAUAUGGAACAGGUAAGUCUAAAACACAGAUCCUGGAACAGCGAUUCGCUACCAUUCUCACCCAACCGACCAGGGACAGUGGCUGUGUCCUUUACAUUUGGCAAAUACACCCCAAAGACGGGGAAGCGGAGUCCUCAAACGCUAUCAAGAGGAUGGGGUGAUCAGCUGAUUUGGGCCCAAACCUAUGAAGAAGCACUCUAUUGGGCCAGGUCAAAGAACAAGCCCUUGAUGGUCCUCUUUCACCUGGAGGACUGUCCACACUGCCUGGCACUGAAGAAAGUGUUUGCUGAGGACAAUGAGCUCCAAAAAAUUCUUGACGAAGAUUUUGUUGCACUCAACAUAGUGUAUGAAACCACAGACAAAAAUCUCUCCCCAGAUGGACAGUAUGUUCCCAGAAUCAUUUUUGUUGACCCCUCAAUGACAGUGAGGGCUGAUAUCACUGGUCGCUACGCCAACCGCAUGUAUGCCUAUGAACCAAAUGACAUCAAACUCUUGAUCAGCAACAUGCAGAAGGCCAAGAAACUGCUCAAGUCUGAGCUUUGAGCCUGUUGACAAAACGCACAAUGGCCUCAGCAUCUUGUCAGUGCAGAUAACCUGGAAAAGGAAGUUCUUCUUAUGUCUAAAUCCCAUUAUUUUUCAUUAUUGUUCUUAACCCGAGAGAAUCCAUGGGGUCACAAUUUUAAAAGAGGAUUUGGAUGUCUUGGGGUCUCAAGGCUAAAUGACAC